CUCGUUCUUUUGUUGAACUCAUCACAUUAUUUUCUGGGCGAUGGAACACUGUCUGCGGACUCGAAAAUUUCCUGGUUUUACGGUUCUUUUUGUAGUUUUCUUUACACUAGUAGCAAUAGGAAAGGACCAAGCAGAGAUUGUUCCGUCUGUAUGCUCGGCGCAGAAUCCAGAUUGUUUUUUUCAACGUUUCGAGAAAUUCAAGCUACCACGAGUGGAACCAGUAAAGGUACAGUACUAUCCUGGGUAAAUUACUUAUAUCACAAGAGCUAAAUGGUUCAUUAUGUUCGGCCGCGUGACCCAACAAACGCAUUUGAAAAUAAUUUUGGUCGAUACAAACUGAAAAUUCAGUUCGGCUCAGGUGAAGUACGGCCUUCGGCUCGUAGUUAACAAUAUUCUAACUCAUUACGCGUCUAUGCCUAUAAUUUUUAACGGAUUUAAUUUUCGAUAUCUACUUGUGAACGUUGAAGGUUCUUCAUUUAAUCUGUUGCCUGGACUGAAAGCUCAUUACUACCUGAAUACCUUACAGUUGAUAUCGUGUGGUUUCUGCGAAAUAUAAAGGCGUUAAUUCAACUAUCUUCAUGUGUACAAGGUUGAGUGGUAAAUCAACAUAAGCCUAAAACCGAAGACGUUUUAAAAUUGAUAACUAAAUGCUUUUUGAGAUGUUUUUCAGAGCGGGAUUUCAAAACCAAGUAGAAAGGAUCAAUUAAAUAAGAUUAUUCAAUCCAAUAAUCCCGUCGAUUUUAACCAAAGGAAAGGCUUAUUUUCAUCGUCGUUGUCACGUGUCCAUUUUGAUCGCACUACGCAGGUGCCUGGGGCACGUUCCCCCGCUUAUUCUUUAUUUCCAUCAUCCUUGUCACGUGUCUGUUUUGAGCGUACCACGAAGGUGCCACGUUUUGCCCCCUUAUUUUCCUCGUCCUUGUCACGUGUUUUUUGUAAGCGCACCACGCAGGUGAAACUUUUCCCCUCAUCAUCUAAUCUCCGUAAGGCGUUUUUAUAAUUAUGUAUGUUCCGGAAAGGGAUUAGCCGAUAAAAUAAAAGGAUUUUUCAACAUUCAAGAAAAAGUAGCUUAUUUUUCACAGUGGACAAUGAAAAUCCCGAAUCUCGGCUAUAAAAAAAACCUGUUUGGGAACCCAUUGCAGCUUAAAUUCAGUUUGUUCAUUGCGCGAAAGAAAAGUGAUCUCUGCACUUUCGAAGUUAUUAGAUUUAUUAGCGUUCUGAAGAUAACACGUUUCCUUUAAAGGUCGGGCAUAUCCAAAAGAUUAAUUUAACUGAAGGCGUUGAACAUGAGAUGGUUACAGCAGCCACACAGCCACCCAUAUUCGGUAGGUAACUAUCCAACUGUUAUCUCUUACCUACUCUUACGUAAUAGUAGUGGUGUGGGUAAUAGUGGUGGUGGUGGUGGUGGUAUCAGCUGUAGUCGUUGUGACAGUAGUGGUAGCGGUGGUGGUAAAGGUAGUGGUACUAGUAUAUUUAGUAGUAAUGGUAGCGGCGGUGGAGGUAGUAAUGGUAGUGGUAGUAGUGAUAGUGGUAAUAGUAGUGGCAUUGGUGGCUGGUGUUGACGGUAACGGUGAUGGUGAUAGUAGUGGUAGCGGGAGUGGUAGUGGACGUAGGCGUAGCACUUCAUUUUAAAACGUUCUUACGUGUUCACUUAUGUAACUAGAAUUCCUCGACAGAGGGACAAAUAGACCAAAGGCUUUCAGACAUAAUGCUUUUGGAUUUUUCAUGUUUCCCCACAGAAAUUCCUAAUUUUCUAUCUGAUGAGGAGUGUGACCAUAUCAUUCGAUUAGCUAAGAAUGAAGGAUUGGAAACAUCACAGACUUUGAAGGAAGGCGAAAAACAGGACACGAUGUCACUUGGUAAAAACACGAAGAAAUAUUUUCAAGUGUGGGACCAAAACCGUGAUGGGCAGAUAGAUAUGGACGAGGUAAAAUAUCUGUAAACAAUGAAUAAUAACUAUAUAAGCCUGAAUACCCACAAAAGCGGCAAUUAGCAAGGCAUUAGUCUUUAACUAUAAAUAAAACACACCAAACAACCAUAUCUUAGGAAAUUUUGUAGCGUCUACCUUGCGGAUCGUAAAUCUUGCAUUUCAACAUCUACACUUGCAGAGAUUUUAUUGACUACUAAUCAGUUAAACGUUCCCAUACGCACGAUACCCUUCCCUUAAAAUCAUGUAUACUUAUUCGAUUAACCGCCCUGGGCGCUUAUUAAAUUUUUGGACCUUGAGAGUGGGCGCUUAUUCGAGGUGGGCGCUUAUUCGAGGCUGGGCGCUUAUUAAAUUUUCACCACUUUCAGCAAGUGAAGUAUGUUUAAUUUGCAACAAAACAAUAAAUGCUAAUAACAAAACGCGAAGAAGUAACAAAGCAAGGUUUCUGUAAAAUACUCUGAAGAAAACUCUUAAAGUCUCUUAUUAGAAUUUAUUCGUUCAAGUGGCUGGAAUGGGGGUGAGCGCUUAUUUGAGUUUGAUUGGGGGGAGGAGGGGGUGGGCGCUUAUUCGAGGCUCGGCGCUUGUUAACUUUUUCUGCGUUUGGAAUGGACGCUUAUUCGAGGUGGGCGCUAAUUCGAGGUUGGGCGCUUAUUCGAAUAAUAAAGGACCUCAUCAAUGAAUAAUUCAUUCCUACAGAUGAUUCACAACAUGGAAAUUCUACUGGACUUCUCUCCAGACAAACCCACUCUGUUGAAAAUGUAAGUGCUCGAAGAGAUAACCUCAUAGAACACAUUCGCGUGAAACGCGUGACAUGUGCAUGUCAAAGCCAUGGGGGGAUAAAACACGUGAGAAGUGCAUGUCAAAAGCAUGUCCAUUAAACACGUGAAAUGAGCAUGUUAGACAAUGCGAAUCAAAUAGGUGACAACAAACUUGCGCGUCAAACACAGCAGUUGAGACAAGCGAGCCAUAAAGUGAUGACGUCAUAAAAAAUAAAUUUCUGAAAUUAAGGGAUUUGUCAGGAUAUUCUGAAAGAACAACGUCCAAGAGGCCUACUUGCCAAAAAUGAGAAUUUCGAGACACUGAGAUAUUUUAGCCCAGUUAUGCUCUGAUAACUCCGUACAAACCCUUUUAAUUUUUUCUUUGGGUCGACCCACAUAAAUUUCAUAAUUCAAAUCCCAUAAUAUGAGAAAUUUAUUUUUAUGACGUCACACUUGGGAACUCUAUGAACAUACUAAUCCGCUGCUACGGGUAUGAAUACCUUGGGAAAAAUUGGGCCAUAAAAUCUAGACCAUUAACAAUGUUUACAUGAUUUGUCCUUGGGCAGGUAUUCAGCUUUAGAACUGGACAAAGACCAAGAUGGUAUGUAUGAAAUUGAAUCUUUUUGCCCAUGAAGCUAAGGCCCGGUUAAGACGCCAAACUUCUCAUGAGCCGAACCCGCUAAUUCGAAUUAAGGCCGACCCAAAUUAUUUAGACCGACUGAAUUGAUUCAGACGCAGAUCUUAAUUCCAGCCGAACUUAAAAAAGGAGAAAAAUGGUCAUUUCGAUCAAACUGCUCUCAAAAUACGACAUAAUAAUUUAUGCAUUAGGUUCGGUACAUGAAAAGUUCGGCGUCUGAAUCAAAGCCGUUCCAAAGUCGAUUGAAAGUCGAAACUCCCGGCCAGGCCAGGGGGGAAGAACGGCGUUCCUAACUGAUUCAGACGCCGAGCUUUUUAUCUACUUAAUUCAAUGUAUUAGGUUGGGCUUAUGAUCGGUUCUGCUUCUGAACCGGGCCUGGUAUUCCCUAUCAAUGGCGUACAAAUGAGCGAACAACUUUCUUUAUAUCUAGACCUCUAUGUUUGUAGAGAAUAUAAGCUUUGAAGAAUUCAAACAAAGGAAUACCCCAGAGAUGGCCAAGUUUAUACAGAAGAUAAAGGGGGAACAACCACACACAAAGAGUCGCCACAGUCGGCAGACAUGGAUAGAGAAGGUUAAUGGCAGCUUAGACGGUGUCGUCGCUUCCAUACAGGAAAGGUAAGACCUGCGCAGUUCAAACGUCGAUCUUUCAUGUACCGAACCCAAUCCCUUCAAUUAAGUACAUGAAAAGAUCGACGUUUCUAAUUUAAGUCGACCCGUGAAUUAAGAUCGAGUAGCUCACAGGGGAAUUUCGACUGCGGAGCGACUUCGUUUCAAACGUCGAAUUUCUCAUGUGCCAAACCGUAAUGCAUAACUUACUAAACUUUAUUUUUUAGACCAUUGAACAUCGUGAAAAUGAAUUGAGUCCGACUAAUUAAGUUCGACACCUGAAUCAACCGUCGAACUUAUAUCACUUGGGUUGACCUAACAUGAAAAGAUCGACGUUUGAACUGGGCCUAAGACAUGCACAGUAUCCGCGCCGUUUACGAAAGAUCUCCCCUGGAGGGUCCCCUGGAGGUCACCUUGCGUGCGGAGCCUCCUUUUACCUUCUUGAGUGAGCAGCAGUAAAGCAGACUGCCUGAAUCGCGUCAAGCCUUUUUAGUCGCCGAAGACCGAACUUGUGGACUGGCCAAUCUUGUUUUCUCUCGUCAAACUGGUUUUCUAGGUGGGAGCAUCCGUUAUAUGAUAAACCGAUGGCAUAACUGAGCGCACUGUACCAAGCACACGACUAUGAGGCCUGGGAUCCAAGCUAUAUCCCAACAACAAAACCACAUGCUCAACAAAGAUCUUACUCGAUUCCUGUAGAAUCUUCCUCGAGUACGCCAAAAUUGAGAAAGUGAAAUAAAGGUUCUGCUAGCAAGGUGCCUGGGAGUAAGCUCUCUUUUUCGGUGUUUGUCGAGUGCGAGACACGGGUUGUCCCACGUGUGUGUGUAAGACAGAGAGAGAGUGUGUGCAAAAUGAGUGAAGUGUGCCGAAAAGAAAUUGAGGUGACAAUUCCCUAGUCCGCACUGAGGAUAAGCUACUUCCUUUUGGCCCCUGACAGCCAAAAGGAAGGGUUUACUCGCAGGCUAACAUGGAGUGAUCUUUUAAAUCGGCCGAACACGAAUCUCGGAAUAAGUGACAACGGCCCACAAAUUUAAGAAGAAACAGAAACAAAUAUCUGAAUGAACAUAUCAUGAAUCCCUGCUGGCCGAAGGCAAACCAGUCGGUUCUUUACAAGUAAGAUCGAGGAGAUGGGAACGCGAGGCAACCGAGAAAUAAAUCCAGCUAAUGGACAGAUCGAGUAUCUGAAUAUGGGACGAAGGAGUUAAAACCCAGCGCUCUAACCAACUCGGCUGAGCAACCUCCUGCCUUGUCUUCAGGAAUACAGACCUAAGGCAACGCCCUGCUAUUCUUGAGACUCCAUUCCCCUGUACACCAAGUACAAUGAAUUAGUAGGCAUGAUAUCAGACUGAUAUUUUCGUUGUCCUAACAAGAUUAUCGUUGCAGGGUUCACCGACUCACAAUGCUUCCACUGGAAAUAAUAAAAGCAAGCGAGUACCUACAGGUAAGCUGCGUUUUUGAUAGCCUACGAGCGCAGACGUAUUACCGGAUGUCGCUUCUCUCCUUCGAAAAGUUAGAGAAGUAACAACCGGAAAUAGUCUACGUCCCCAGGAUGAGUUCACGAUAAAUUUAUUCGCUAAGAAACGUGCGUAAAUUUAAAAUUAAAGAAACAUUAACAUGAUUCUGAAUAAAACUGUCAGCAAAGAACAUCCGUUGAGGUAAAACGGUUAAACUAUUAAGGCUGAAGUGAAUACAAUAUGAUGUUGAUGAUGAAAAUAAAGAUCUCCUACAUUACAAUUUUCCAAAAUUGACAGUGGUGCUAAAAAUGCUAACAUUUAAUAUGACCUAAAAUUGCAGAAUUGGAUAGGACAGCUCAUUUGAAGGAUAAGUCGUUUGCGUAAUAUUGUUACAUUUUGUAUCAGUGGGGUAAGAUUCUGUACAAUUGGCAUAUUAUUUUUUAAAAGUAGAGAGCGAAAUUGGUGGAAUAGACAACAGGAUACUUAACUCACUAACGAAAAUAUGUUGUGUCAUAGGUAGUAUCGUAUGGUCCGAUGGGUCAUUACAACUGCCACUUAGAUUCAGACUUCAUCAGAAAAAGGCCAUGUUGUCACCACCUUGGAAGCGAAUUAAGAAACUGUAGAGUUUGCAGGUAUUAAAAAUUUAGUAACUCUCACAGCAGUCCUGCCGGCCUGCUUAGCUUGCGUUUUUGUUGCUGCUCCUUUGCGCGUGCGCUCACCAAAAACACCUCAGGCUAAACAGACUAACCGAAAGUAGUUUUGCGAUUGUUUUGGCUUCCUUUGCUUUGCACUGAGCACUCCGUUUUUGUGAUUGGCUAAAAAAUCGCUUCCCACUUCCUCAACCAAUCAAGUGUGACACUUGAACCGUUUGCAAGUUGCCCUCACCAAUUUUUCCCGCGCUUAGUACCGGUGCAAGUAUUUGUUUCGGGAUCUGAUUGGUACAUUGAGCACCAGCCUGUGUUUUGAUUGGUUAAAGUAAUAGCUCUGGGUUUGGUUACAGCCCAGUGGAAACGACUGUAUCGUACUUAGAAUACCUGACAGCUAUCGCUCAGUCAAAAGUCAAUGGGAAAUUUACAGUACUAUGUGCAGGUGGUUUAAUAAUGAUAUAGUAAGACGAAAAAUAAGGACAGUGAAUGUUCAUUUUUGCGUUGUUAUUUUUCACGGCAGGUAUGCUACAAUACUAUACUUUUUGGAUAAUGUAGAGGAUGGGGGUGAGACGGCAUUUCCUAUCGCCGACAAUAGCACUUUUGAUGACGAGGUGGGUGCAGUUAUAAAAGAGCUUUGUAUCGAAUACCAUUUUUACCUUCGGCACUAAGCAAUAAGCUGAUUCGCCAUCUUGUUAACUGAAAACUUCCGAACAGCACCAAGAAAUGUUUGAGUCCAUGGUAAAGGAGCAAGGAUUAGCAGAGUCAGUAAGUGCGCGCCGGCCUUCUGUAUGGAAAGUUCUGCGUUCGGUGUGACCCCAAAUCCUAGUUUCAACUUCUUUCCUUUCUACGCUACAUUAAUAAAUGUUUCUAUGCUGUUGUAAUUUAGGUGUGGAUGAGUGACGCUGAAAAUGUUUGCAACUUAGCCAAGAAUUGCCACAAAGCAAAUGUGGUAGUUAAACCAGAGAAGGGCAAGGCCAUCCUUUGGUACAACCACAAGGUCAACAACAUGACAGGUUGGAUGGGUCAGCUUGAUACGUUUUCUUUCCAUGGCGGCUGCGAUGUAAAACGUGGCACAAAAUGGAUCGCAAACAAUUGGAUUAGCCUUAGCGAGGAUAGAGAAAAAGAUAUUCUGAACUGGAUAGAGCUAGCUCAGGAAGAAGAAAAAGAAGAAAACAGCAGCAAGCCUGCUAGUAGUUCAGAAGGAGACUCUAGCGAAGAAUCGUUACAUCAGGAACUUUGAAUGAUAACCGAUUAUCAUCAUCCAAAUUCUGACAAAAAUUGCUUUUCAUAUUCGAACACUCAAGAUGAAUUUGUUCGAAAACAGUUA